CUCUUUCUUUCUUUUCUUUUUCUUUUGCAAUCAAUUACAGUUGUUUCUUAUCAGAUGUUAACGAAAAAAUGCAAUGCUUGCAAUAACAGUCGCUGAUGUCCCUUGCGGCCAAGGAAAUAUUGGUAUACGCACGGCAAGACUAGUCGGGGGACAAAAUGCGAUACCGCACGAGUUUCCUUGGAUGGUGAGCAUCAGCAGAAAAGGAGGACACUUUUGCGGUGGUACAAUACUUAAUUCAAAAUACGUUCUGACUGCGGCCCAUUGCCUAUGUUCGUAAGUAAAUUUCAUGUAUAUUCUCUAUAUUACACACAAUUGCGCGAUUUUACUAAUUAACUAGCAUUUUAAUAAA